GAACUCUUCAACCAAAGACGACCAGCAACCCUUAAAGCUCAAACAUGGCCAGCACCUCAGGAAGCCUCUUCAGAAAUGAUGAGGAGCUCAGGAUAGUGAUGGUCGGGAAGACUGGAGUUGGGAAGAGUGCCUCCGGAAACAUGAUUCUGGGACGAGAGUGCUUUGAAUCAAAGUUCAGUUCAAAGUCUAUGACUGUCGACUGCUCUAAGGGCAGAGGUCAGGUGGACGGGCAACGGGUUGCAGUCAUUGACACCCCGGGCCUGUUUGACACCAGGUUUGGCUCAAUUAAAACAACUAAAGAUUUAUGCCAGUGCAUCUCUUACAUUGCUCCUGGACCCCACGUGUUCCUGGUGGUCAUCAGGCUGGGCAGAUUCACUGAGGAAGAAAAGCAGACGGUGCAAAAGAUUGAAGAAAUCUUUGGCCAGGCGGCGAACCAGUACAGCAUGGUUCUCUUCACUGGUGGUGACCUCAUUGAAGGCACUACUAUGGAGGAAUUCUUGGGUGAAAGCUCAGAGCUUCAAGAACUCGUGGCCAGGUGUAACGGCCAGUACCACGUCUUCAACAACAAGCUGAAGGAUCGCUCUCAGGUCACUGAGCUGCUCCAGAAGAUCAGAAACAUAGUCCAGAAGAACGGAGGAAGCCACUACACCAGCGAGAUGUUCCAGGAGGCUGAGAGGGCAAUCGAAGAGGAGAAACAACGCAUCCUGAAAGAGAAAGAAGAACAAAUGCAGAAAGAAAGAGAAGAGCUGGAGAGGAAGAUUCAGGAAAAAUAUGAAAACCAGAUGAAGAAAAUAUACGCUCAGUUCCAGGCUGACAGAGACACGGAGAGGAGGGAGAGAGAUGAGGAGAGGAUGAGGGAGAAGAGGAGAAAGAGGUUCAUGGAAGAGAGUGAAGCAGAGAGAAAAGAAAAGGAAAGGGAGAUGAAAAUCCUGCUGAGUAAAAUAACUGAACAGCAUGAAAGAGAGCUGAGAGAGGAAAGAAAUAAGCUGCAGAACAAGUAUGAAAGUGAGGCCCGAGAAGAAGCUGAGGGUAUUAAUCUGUUAUAUCCCCUGGUGGUAGCUGGUAAAUGUAUAGUUAGAGCGGUUGACAAACUCGGAAAGGCAAUUGGGAGCUGGUUCGUGUGAGCGGUCCCAGAUUCAUGUGUUGACCACAGAGGGACCCUCCAGAAGCUCCGACACACAAGAACAUAUGAGAAAAAUAAAACUUCAUACACAGUUUGAAAUAUGAACCUUAUUUUAUUUGUUGAAGUUCUGUGUGUUUUAACAGUUUGUAAUUCCUCACAUUAUAUUGUUUUCAUGUUGGUCUCAGUUUGACAACAAAGUAUUCAUUUCAUGGGUUAUGCUGAUGAUUUAUGCCACACAAGAGCAAAUGUCUUCAUGUGCCAAACUGAAAAUAAAUAAAGAUGUGAUGUUAA